AUGGAUGCGCUUCUUGCUAAAUCAAAGGAGGACUCUGAAGGCCCUGAACCCGUGGAUAAAGAUGUUGCAGGAUUCGAAGGUGCAACCAGUACAGUAACGCCCCCACAGGGAGAUUCCACCUCAAGCAAAGUACCUCCACCCCUACUGCAAGAUGAGGAAGCCUCAAGCAAGGCAUCUUCGCCAUCACCGCAAGAAGAGGAAACCUUGAGCAAACCGUCGCCCGACCCAGCUCAACCGCCGCAGCCUACGUUCUUUCCUUUUGUCGGCAAAUUCCUCGAUCACAUACCUCAACGAAAUCCUGGAGAAAGCAUAGGUAAUUUUCACAAGAGGAAGUAUGUAUGCGAGGUAGAGAGAGCUUCAAUGCGGGACUGGAGGAAGCCGCUUUAUCAUAACCUACGUUGGCCCAUGCCCAUCAUACAAGCUUUCUACGUACAAAAACCUGGCGACCCAAAGAGUACACCGUCUCAUCAUGAAGGGGAACUGCCUUCCGAUGAGAACGGACCUUUGAAGAAUCUUCAAAGAAUCUGCAUCUAUUCCGAUGUACUUUUUGAGGAACUCCUCAUAAUCACCUCUAUAUCGUCAGCGACGUAUCCAAUCAUGUUGAAUCCGCCGUACAAGUUCCUACCGGACGUUAAAGCUCGAAUCGCACGACUCGAAGAAGAGCUGAACGGACCCGCAUCGGGGACUGCGCUUCACACCACUGCGAAUAGCUUGAAGAGCUCUUCGGGGCGAGAAGGAGAGCUCUUAUCAAUGCCUGUCGAAGAAGGCACUACCUCUGAACACGAAAAACGUGAGGAGACUGGAGCGAAGCAAGAUGACAUGUCAUCUGUCAUCCCUGUCUCAGAUCGACGAGAUUUGGUUCAAACGCAAUACCUUCACCUCAAAUGCUUUUUCGAAUUCGUCACCAACGAAUUGAAGGACGAGAUUGAGUUACGAGAGCGUGUGAAGAUGGGCACAUUGUCGAGCAUCCGCUUCCAGGAUAUCUGGCAUCUCUACCAAAUAGGCGACAUGGUAUAUUCUCAGUCCCAUGGUCGUGACCAGCUGUACAAAGUUUUUGCCGUGACUGGUGGGCAGGUCCCAGGACGCAAGCUUGACCCUAAGGAGAAUCCUUCCCCUCAUCUUCCCCCUCCACCUUUUUUUAUAGAAUAUGAAGAGGUCGCUGAACUCCACGACGAGGGAAUGUUACAAAAAGAACAAUAUUCUGGUGUUGGAGUCUGGACGACUUUCAAGGUUGACUGCUACAAAAUGGCCUUUGACGGGGUGUACUGCGGGCCUGUAGACGUGCUAAAGCGUAUAAGGCCAUAUGCAGGAGAGAGGGAAAUCACCAGCCUGCCGUUAUAUCCAGUACAAUUCCAUCCCGAUAGAGAUGUAAUGACACGCAAAGCGGAAGAACGAGGAAGGAAAGUUCUUUUUGGUGGGGGACAUAAGAGCUAUGAUGGCGGAAACAUUGCCUUGGAAUUAGAGGACCGCCACGAACAGAUUGAAAGCGACAUAUAUGUCGAUUUCGAUACCUAUUUCCAGGACUAUCCUGCGAAGAAGCCUCAAUUUGGAAGGUUCUUCAGGAGUAAACAGAAUCCGGCAGAGGUUGAGGAAAAUUGGCCCGGCGUGACAAAUUACCGAGUUUACAGCGGCCACGAGGUAGACGUAAAACGAUACGAAGAUUUCAUGGAUACGAACCGAGCAAGCUUGGAGCGUUUCAAGCCUGAUGAGAAAAAAAUCUCCUGGGAACAUCUGGUCCUAUUACCUCCCUGGGUUUUCGGAUAUGUCUUCCAGACACGGCGGUGGAGUCGCCUAGAUAUUGAGCUCGUCAAUGAGAUGGAUCGCGAAUCGGAUAGCGCCAGGCGGGCAGGAUUCGACGAUCUGGUCAUAGACCAACGCAAUCGAGAUCUUCUAGUUGCACUCGUGGAUAAUCAUGCAUCCGGUAUCCAGCGCGCACGGGAGAAGACCAAGCAGAGCAAGGAUUACUUCAAACCAACCCAGAUAGACCUGGUCAGAGGUAAGGGGCAAGGCUUGAUCAUCCUCUUGCAUGGACCGCCCGGAUCCGGCAAGACGAUGUUUCUUCGACAACUAGAGUACUACGCUGGAAUUCUGUUCCUCACAACCAAUCGACCAGGUGUGCUUGACGAAGCAUUCAAAUCGCGAAUACACAUCUCUCUCCGAUAUCCAAGCAUUGAUCUCGAGUCCACCAAAACCAUGUGGCGCAACAUUAUGAAUCGUCUGGAAAUUGACAACAAGUCCACUGCCAUUAGGAUUGUCUUUGACAAAGAUGCUCUGCUCGACUUUGCUACGCGACAUUUCGAGAAGUGCACUCAAGCAGGUGUAACUUGGAACGGACGCCAAAUCCGCAACGCGUUUCAAACCGCGAUCGCGCUGGGCCAUUAUGAGAGGGUCGCCAAGAUCCGCGCCGAAGGCAUGACCCCUGAAGAAGCACUUGCGACUGGGAAGAAGAAGUGGAACACAGUCAAGUUAACAAAGGCAAACUUCCAGAAGAUUGCCAGGACUGCGUCAGACUUUGAAGAAUAUAUCGAGAAACUGCGCGGCAACGAUAGUACGACAGCUCGCGAUCUAGAACUGCGAGAUGAUGACUAUGAUCCACAUCUGCCCCUUGCCAGGAAGCAGUAUCCAAACAGAACACCAUCUCGAGAUGAUGCACGGCCGGGUCAAAGGAAAGAUAGACUUCAUUCGUCGAAGUCGAAGCGUCCAGUACGUGAGGAGCACUCUAUGACGGAGGAGGACGAAGAUGAAGACGGGAACGACGAUUUGUCAUCGGACAGUAAUGAGGAGGACUGA